AUGAUGACAGCUUCUACUGCUUCCGGAGUCAAACGUAAGACCUCGGCGUUAGAUACAUCCGACGACAUGUUCGCAGCAUCUCCUCCUCAAAGACAUUGCACAAGCCUUGCAACGCCAAAUUCUCCUCCGACGAUAAGCUCCGACAGUUUACCAUUCUUGUCCGAUUUAACUGAAGGUUCUACUCCAACUCCAAGUGAUGAAGGCGGCACAUCCAUUCAGAGAAUUGAGACUUGCAAUUUUGACGCGGCAAAGAGAGAUGACCCAAGAACCAAGGCACCACAUUGUCCUCAGAGACCUGCAACCGAGUUGUAUAUCAACAUGAUUGUAGGUCCAAAAGUGAAGAUAGUUGUCGGCCCCAAUAAGAAGACCUAUGAAUUACCGAAAGAGCUUCUGUCGUACUAUUCUCCAGUCUUCGACCGGUCCUUCGCUGGAAAGUUUAUAGAAAGUCAGACUCAGAGAAUGGAAUUACCAGAAGAUACUGUGGAAGAUUUUGAGGUUCUGAUAGAGUACAUCUUCCAUCAUAGCGUUGGUGAUCAGCUCUCUGUUUCGAAAUGUGGUCAGAAUACUGCCGAACGCUGUAUUUCUUUCUUAAAAUACGCGGACCAAUACGACCUUGGUGAUGUCAGUACUUCUGUAUAUGACGCCCUUCGACCAGCCUUGUUGAAGUAUGGUGUGUCUGCCUUUAAACCCGAAUUCAUCGAAACUGUUUUCUCGCUCACGAGAGAUGGAAAUUGUUUGCGGCAAUUAAUGGCAGACGCUGCGCUGUCGUAUCAAGGGGAGCAGAAAGGAGAAUACCCAAACUAUGAAAUGGUCACGUUUGAAAAACAGGAAGCUGAGGUCGAAGGUUUUGAGUCGGCCCUUUAUCGCCAACUCAGAUUACCUCGCGUUAUAGAGGAUUAUUGGAGUCCUUUCAACCCAACAAGGAUGAAAAAAUUCGAAGCUUGA